UUUAGUUUAUAGAAAUCAGAAAACAGACCAAGUCAUUGGCCAAAGUUUAUUUGUUUAAAACUGUAAGUCAUCACUACCAAAUCUCAAAACAUUUAAUACUUAAGCUAAAGAUCUAAAGAUUAUAAAUUAAAUUAGUAGCCAUGAGAAAUGACUAUGAAGAAACCAAGGAAAUUUUGGCAAAACAGAAGGAUUGCCUUUUGGAGAAAGUAACAACCCGGCCAUGAUCUCAGACUAUUCCUCAUAUAAACUACAAAGUUAUCUGCACAAACAAUGAGCAUUUCACAUUUUUCCAGAAGAAUGCUUGCCGGAGAGCUCUAGAAUUCUGAGAAAGUUUUGAUAACUCGACAAAGGCGGCCAUGAUUCGAUUGAGUUUUCUCAUUUUGCAUCUGCAAUAUUUCAUGUUCUUCCAAGUCAAAGCACAAACUUCCUCCACACUAGACGAUCAAUCACAAAGUUUUCAGCCUAGUCUUGCUGUUGUCUUGGGAAUCCUCUUAGUCAUGUUCUCAUUGACAAUCCUUCUCCUUGUCUAUGCAAAAUUCUGUCACAGGAGAGCUUCCGUUCAUGGCAAUACACAACACUUGGGAUUUAUCCGAUCAAGCUCUAGAUUUUCUGGGAUCGACAAGACGGUGAUCGAGUCACUUCCUUUCUUCAGAUUCUCUUCUCUUAAGGGGUCAAAGGAAGGACUUGAAUGUGUAGUAUGCCUUUCCAAGUUUGAAGAUAUCGAAAUCCUCCGGUUGCUGCCAAAGUGCAAGCAUGCCUUUCACAUUGACUGCAUCGACAAUUGGCUUGAAAAGCACGCAAGCUGUCCUAUUUGCAGGCACAGGGUAAGCGCUGAGGACCCAACAAUUUUUACAUACACAAAUAGCAUGAGAUUGAUGGACCAGGAGGAGAUGAGAGGCGACUCAAACAUAGAGCUCUUUGUCCAGAGAGAAGAAGAUCGUCGUGGGUCUUCAAGAUUCAGUCUUGGAAGUAGCUUUCGAAAAGCUGGAAAGGUUGACAAGGAAGAGAAAUCUUUGAUGCAAGAAGAAGAAGCCGGAGAUGGUGAGGAGGCUCAUGGAGUCUUGCAUAAACAUAAUCACAAGAUCAUUGCAUCUGAUUUUGUUUUCAAGAACCGGUGGAGCAGCGUGAGUUCUUCAGACCUGAUGUUCUUGAAUUCGGAGAUGCUUAACGCAACGUCAAGCAACAGGUUCUCUUCUUUGGAUUCGAAUAAUGUUCAGUCGGCCUCCAUAGCUGGAGCUGUAGAAAACGAGCAUAUUGUGAAGAUAAAGGAAGAGAUGGAGAUGAAGAGAUCGUUUGAGAGCAAGGUUAGCACACUGAACAAAACCAGUCCAGUUUUAUUUCCAGGACUUGCUUCUACAUCAGAUGCCACAUUGAAAUUAAGUCAGACAUCAAGAUAUAUGAAUCCGGGCGAGAGAAGAUCAAUGUCAGAAAUCACUGCUGUUUCGAGACAUGGAGAUUCGGGUAUGAAGAACAGAAUCAACGGUGAAUCUUCUUUGGUUGGAAAUGAUGUGAAAGAGGAAAGAUUGAGGCGGCUUUGGUUUCCAAUUGCCAGAGGAACAGUUCAAUGGUACGCCAAUAGAGAGAGAAGAUCUCAACAUACUCAGAACACACAAACCGCUGCAGCAUUAGAUGUAUAAAAAAUCAGAUUGAUGCAUAUAUUUAUCUCUCCAAAGAACGUUUUUUGCACCACUGUUGCAUAGCUCAAAGUUCUUGUAUUUCGCUGACAUUUUAAUGGAGAUAGAAGUCAGCUUGAGUUGAUCAUGGAUACAGUUUUCAUGUAGAUUUUAGUUAGUAUUUUGAAAACCAAAGACUAAUGUUAAGUUCUAAGGGAACAGAUAUACCUUUUCAUUUUUCAUUUGUGUUAUUUCUAUGGUUUCACAUGGUCUCAUUACAUUGGUUUCAAAUUUAUAAUAUUGUAGUGAGAUUUUGAUCUCCAAAAAUUGAAAGUAAAAGCCAAUUUAUUCAUCAAGGUUCACCUGA